CAUUCGUCGACAUCCUAAAAAGACUGGCUCCUGGCACACCAUGGUUCGUGCGUCCAUUCGGCACUCCACCUGGGACUCUAUUUUGCUGCUUCGCGUCGACAGGGCAGCUCAUUUUUCGCUAAGACAGGGCCAACCGCAGAACAACAGAGCUCCGUGGGGGUUGCAUACUGUACCGAUCAAAACCUGAGAGGCAGUUUAUGUAGUCAGUAUAGAAAGGUCUUUGAAGUGAUAUAUUCCUAGGUUAGUUUAUAUUCCGUACUACUUAACCAACAAACUGCACCGCCAAGAUGAUGCGCGACGAUGAGGACGACGAGGAGGAGUUCGCUCGGCCCCCCGCCCCUCAUGAACAACAAUUCAAUACAAAGAUCGAAGCAGCUCUGGGAUAUGACAUUACCGAUGCUAUGCUGAGAGAUGAAAUAGCGGAAGAUGUCUACAAUCCGAAACCCAAAGCAGAAUUUGGAUUUGAUCCUACCGUGGAAGGCGCUGGUGAUGCGGAUGCACCGCUGGUGAAGCUGGCUGAUUACGCUGCCAACACUGGAAAUCUACAAGAGACGGAAGAUGCCGGACCCACCAAUCUAACAGCAGCUACCAUGGGAUACGUCAUGCCCACACAAAUGGAAGACACAAAUGAUAAGGAUGUUGAAAAAGAGGUUGGGGAGAAAUUUGGAGGUCGGACACCCCAAGAUGGUGACUCGGAUGGAGAAGAUGGAACCCAUACACCCUACCAGCAGUUGGAUACCGUUGAUGAAGCAUCAGAAGAUUCCUACAACCCCGAACCCGACAAGAAACCGGCAAAACCAGCAAAGAAGCCACGAGCUUCGGAUAUUGGUGGGGGGCUGAAGGAUAGAAUCACAGUUGCUGUAAGGUUCCGUCCCAUGACAAAGGAAGAAAUGGUCUCCAAAAGCAAGAAAAAGAAAGAAGGGGGCGCUGAGGCAUUCAUGGCAUGGACAGUGGAGGACGACGACGAAACUGAUGUCAUCUAUCAAAAGGGAUCCAGAAGCAGAGUUGAGGGGAAGAACAUGUUUCAUGUCGAUCGUGUUUUCGAAGAACAAGACACUACUGACGCCUUGUAUUCUAACAUGUGUACUCCGAUCAUGUCGGCUGUGCUGAAUGGACAGCAUGGAACCAUUUUCGGUUACGGACAAACGGGAGGGGGCAAAUCAUACACUAUGCAAGGCGGGAAGAAGGGAAACGGAGUCAUCCAUCUAGCAGCUAAGGAUCUCUUCGAACGCAUCUCUGAGGACAGCGAACGAGAGUACACCGUUAAGGCAUGCUACUUUGAAAUUUACAAUGAACAAGUCAGAGAUCUGAUGGGGCAUGAAGAGUCGGAUGACGUAAAGUGUCGUCGAGGUACAGCUGUCAUCAUGACCGUAAACAAACUGAAUGUCGAUCUACCAGUCCUUAAUAUCCGAGAAGAUUCCAAAGGUGGCGACGUCUUUGUGGAUGCUCAAUAUACCCCAGUUUCAAAUGUGGCAGGUGUGACUCGUGUGCUUCACAAAGGAAACCGAAACCGUGCAACGGAAAAGACCGACUCAAAUGAGUUCUCGUCCAGAAGUCAUGCAAUCUUUCGGUUGACGGUUGAAAGCCACGAGCGGGUAGAAGGUGAUGCUGACGUUGUCGAGAGUGUGAAAGUUCGCGUGGCUGCGUUGAACUUUGUUGAUUUGGCCGGCUCCGAGAAUGCUGCAAAAGCCAACACGUCUGGUGCACGGAAACGAGAGGGUGGAAAGAUCAAUCAGAGUUUGCUUUCGCUUACCCAAGUUAUUCAUCAACUGAGCUUACCGAAAAAGAAGCAACCCAAACACAUCAACUAUCGUGAUUCCAAGCUGACAAGAAUAUUACAACCCCAUCUUUCAGGAAAUGCAGCAAUAUCGAUCUUGUGUUGUGCAUCUCCCGCGAAGAAGCUCCUUGAAGAAACUAGAUCGACGCUGAAGUUUGCUUACAAUGCGAAGAGGAUCAAACUGCAGCCAAAAGUCAAUGAGAUCGUGGACGAUAGGGUCCUCCUGGAGAAUCUCAGGAAAGAGCUACAUGAAACGCGACUGAGACUGAAGGAGAUGAAAGAGAUCCAAGAAAGGGCUCCACCACCGCCGCCGCCGUCCUCUUCUGGUCCAGAGUUCCCGUUGAUCGAGAGGUUCAUGGCUCAAAUGAACAUGUCCGUAGCCACUGCUGAUUUUAUGGAUGCAAUAGAGGAGCUGUCUUCGCCUGACAGUGGGGGUUUGGCUGAAGUUGACAGUGGGGGCUUGGCCGCUCCUUCUGGUGACACCGAAGGGGGCAAUUUGAACGCAGCUGCUGCCGCCGAUUCCCCGGCAGCGGCUGGUGGUGAAGCUGAGACUGAAGACGAGGACGACAUCGAAGCCUUCAGAAGGCAAAUCCUGGCCAAAUUCAUGAACAUGGAGGACGACGAAUUCGACGGAGAUGAUAAUGACGAUGGUGACAAUGCCGAGACUGUAAACGACACUACGAUGAACGACACUACCAUGGGGGAUACGACAAUGGGCGAUACAACUAUGGGGGAUACGACCAUGGACGAAGGGGCCACUACUGACGUGUCAAUGAAUCGAACUUUCGCAACCGAGGACACGAACGCAGAUCAAGCCGACAACAAGGAGAACCAACCCGUACCAGAUUCUCCACCAGAAAUUGCGAGGAAAGAGCCACCUGCGCUCGUCAAGGAAGCGCAUGCCGCCACCAAUGCGAAUGAAGUUUUCCGCAAACCAGAUGCGCAGCCCACUGGCCCACCCGGAAUGAAACAACCAGAACCCUCGCCACUGCCCCUUGUGAGCCAAGCCAUUAACGUUCCUCCAAGUCAGAUGCCUGUCCAAACUGCAACGGAAGAUACCUCCAGUAGAGAAACCCCAGCCGCUGCACCACCCGAUGAAGCCGAUCUGAAUCUGAUUGAGAAGUUUAGGCAGGAGAUAUUGGAGAAAUUCCGAGACGAGAUCGUUGACGAAGAAGCUGCCCAUGAACUGGACGAAAACGCCCAGAAUGUUGCUGUCAUUGCGAACGAGCUGAUCAACAAGUUCAAAAGGGAGAUUGUUUACAAGUACAAAGAUGAAUUUCCUGAGAUCUUGGAGAAACGCGUAGAAGUCGACCUGGCGGCGACCAGAGUCGGAGACCAUGGCAUUGUUGGGCGGGUGAUAGAACGCGGUGCUGUGGGAGUAGACUCCAGUGACGAUCGGUUGAACACGGACGACUCGUCCGAUGCCAGCGGCAGUGUCGAACGCUUUGAAGAUGAAUUCGACGAAGACGCCAAACUCGGAGGUGACGACGAUGCUGCGACCGCUGACCCACCAGAUCCUCGCGGUCGUGGUGUUCCUGCCAGGUCGUAUUCUACGCAAACGGAUCGAGCUGUUAUCAAUGGAAGGGGAUUAUUCAAGGGGAUUGCGCCUUCUAGAAGUGAAACGGAUCCCUCCACUAUUCCAAUCAACUCCUCAGUGGGCAUCGGUGCCACCGGUGGUUCUGUCAGCUCAGAUCUAUCGUCGGAUGUCGCGGAAAAAGAUAAAGAAGGUUCGGGUAUCUCUCCCGUUCCCGCGAAUCCUCCAAGUGACGAUGGUGAUGACUACAUGAUACCGCUUGGUGAAAUUGCCGUAAAGAGUGGCGAGGUGUCUGUAGAGGGCAAAAUGAGGAUCAAGUUUCUCGAAGAAAAGUUAGUGGCCACAGACGAAUUGGUGGAAACCUUGUUUGUGGAAUUAGAGAAUGCCAAAACUUUUAUUCGAGAGCUUGUCUUUGAGAAUGCAGGAGGAGGAAAGAGUGACCCGUCAGGUGCGGCCUUAUUUGGGCCAGCAGGAACAUCAGGGGUCACGGUGGUGGAUGAGCAAAUCUUGAAUCAGUGCGAGAUUCUCAAGUUUGCAAUAUAUACGAGUUUGCUCUUCUUUGUGUUUGGGCAACACGAACUUUUCCUGGCCACUGUUUUCUUUCUGUGGUUGUCGUUAGAGGUUGCCACAAAGACAUGAGCUGCAUUCUCUGUCCUCGACCCCUGCUACUAAUGAAACAUACUGUAUGAUAGACUAUAACUGUAAUAACGUUCCCUUUUGCAAUAG